AUGCUGCAGAAAGAUGGCCAGCGAAUGGAAGGCAUGCCCAGGACUGCAAGGACCCAAUCACCCGUACGAGUUUGCUACAAGGGACAUGGAACCCCCGUACGGGAACAGGUGUCUGGGGGGAGGGUAGAGAUACGGAGUCGAGAUAGCGAGAUGGGAGCGACAGUGGCAGCGACAGUAACAGCAACAUGGACGACGGAAAACAAUAGCAGCUCAAGCCAGGGAAGGAUGGAACAUCUCAGAAAGGGACCCGACACUGCGGUGCGGGAGGGGGGGCCUUCUGUCCUGCACCCAUUGGGUGAAUGGCAUAACCAGAAGGAGUCGGCCGCUGAACGUCGGCAGCCCAGGUUUUAG